ACAGCCAUCUCUUGGCCUUGCGAUUUCCUCUUAGAGUUAUAGCUGUAUGUGUUAAGCUACAUUAGUGUUAGGAUGUCUGCUUUAGUGUUGCUCUCGUGUCUUUUUUGCCUGGGUUCAGUGCAGGCUGGGAAGUUACUGGUUAUUCCAGCAGAUGGCAGCCACUGGACAGGAAUGAAGCCUUUGGUGGAGGAACUUGGACGUAGGGGUAACCAGGUGGUGGUUGUCAUCCCAGAAGCAAGUCUGAGUAUGGGUCCAUCUGAUCAUACCACUACUCUGACAUAUCCAGUACCCUACACAAAAGCCAAGCUGGAGGAGAACGUAGAUACAGGCAUUUCUAACCUUUUAAAUGCAGAUGUAUCUACAGAUCUUGCAAGGUUUAGAGGUUUCAUCAGCACUAUGGAUUUGCUUAAAACUCUUGCAUCACGGAACCUUGAGAGUGCGCUCUUUAAUAAGGAUUUGAUGAAGAAACUGAAAGACUACAACUUUGAUGCGAUUCUCACAGAUCCAUUUGAGCCGACUGGAGUUAUUCUUGGCGAAUAUCUCUCAAUUCCAGCCAUUUACACGCAAAUAAGUCAUCCUUGUGGUGCCGACACUCUUGCCAGUAAAUGCCCACACCCGCCCUCUUAUGUUCCUCAACCUUUAACUCAUUUUUCUGACCGCAUGAGUUUUUGGCAAAGAAGUGUGAACCUGUUAAGAACUCUGGUGCAGCCCAUGGGUUGUGCAUAUAUGUUUAUUAAUGCGGAUGAGAUUGCCUCACGUGUUCUACAGAAAAAAACAUCCAUGGUGGAGAUCAUGAGUCGUGCUGCUCUGUGGUUUAUGCGGUUUGACUUUGCCUUUGAACUUCCGCGGCCAAUGAUGCCCAACAUGGUCCUUGUUGGAGGACUAGAUAGCAAAAAAACGAAACCUCUGCCACAAGUAAGUGUUUAA